AUGAGGAACCAUGAAGAGAAAGAAUCAUCAGAAAUCCAGGCCUCUGCUUUCACAUGUGAGAUCUGCCUGGAAUCCAAACCCUCAUGCCAGAAAUUCGAGCACACGAACAACUAUUUUGUGCAUAAUUUCUGCAUGAGUUGCGUAACCAGACACAUCCAGGCAAAGCUCGAGGAAACUAUAUCCACCAUUAACUGCCCCGAAUUAACCUGCCACCAAAUCCUGGACCCUAUCGACUGCCGAGCAAAGAUCCCACCGCGGCUCUUCACACAAUGGUGCGACUGCCUUUGCCGUUCUGUUGUUUCAGGCUCGGAAAAGUGCUAUUGCCCUUAUAUGGAUUGCUCGGAGGUGGUCCUCAAUGAGUGCAAUGAAACAGUGAAGAGAUGCCUGUGCCCUGGAUGCAAAAGGCCUUUCUGCUAUGCUUGUAGGGUUCCGUGGCACGCUGGAUAUUGGUGCAGCGAGAGCCAUCAAGCUAGGGAUUACAACGAGAGGCGAUUCGGGUUUCUCCUCGAGAGGAUGAAGUGGACUAGGUGCCCCGAUUGUGGCCAGCCCGUCGAGCGUAUCAGUGGCUGUCGAGACGUUAUCUGCAGAUUGAUCAAGAACGAUAUGGAAAUGAUUAAGCAAGAGCGAUCCUCUGAGCUACUUGAAGCUCAAGCUCACAUUUGGAACCAGGUGUUCAGUUACAUAAACUCUAUGUCACUAAAAUGCGCAACUGAGCUAGGCAUCCCCGACAUCAUCCACAAGCAUGGCCGCCCCAUGACUCUCACUGAACUGGUGGAUGCUCUCCCUGGUGCCGACAAACCCAAAGCGGACUGUGUGUACCGUCUCAUGCGGAUCCUCGUUCACUCGGGCUUCUUUGUAUUGGAAAAGAUCGAUUCAUGUAAUAAGGAGGCCUAUUCUCUUACACCUGCUUCACGCCUUUUGAUUGGAGACCAUACCAUGAGCAUGAAGGCCUACGUACUUUCCCAACUAGAUCCGAUCCUAACUGAGCCGUGGCAGCAUUUAAGUAGAUGGUUCCAGAAUACUGAGUAUCAUACAGCGUUUCAUACUGCUAAUAAUGGGACCUCGAUUUGGGAGCAGAAAGAGCGGAACCCAAGGUUCAGCCAUUUGUUUGACCAAGGCAUGGCAUGUGAUACUCCAAUGGUGGCCGACGCGAUUACCAGAGAUUGUAGGCAAGUGUUUGAGGGUUUGGAUUCUAUCGUAGACGUUGGCGGAGGCACCGGAACUUUGGCCAAGGCCAUAGCAGAGGCGUUCCCACAAAUUCAUUGUUUGGUGCUUGAGCUUGCACCUGUUAUUGCUGGAUUACAGGGGACAAGGAACUUGGAGUACGUUGAGGGAGAUAUGUUUGAGUACAUUCCUCCAGCAGAUGCAGUUGUACUCAAGUGGAUACUGCAUGAUUGGAGCGACGAGGAAUGUGUUGGGAUCCUGAAGAAAUGCAAAGCAGCAAUAACGAGUAAUGGCAAAAGAGGAAAGGUAGUCAUCAUUGAGAUGGUACUAGACGACCAAAACGCCGACCAUAAAUCUGUUGAAACUCAACUCUUCAUUGACAUGUUGAUGAUGACUAUACUUAGAGGAAGAGAACGAAAAGAAAUAGAAUGGGCAAAACUCUUUUCUGAUGCUGGCUUCACUAAUUAUAAGAUUUCUCCAAUUUUGGGAUUAAGGUCUAUUAUCGAAGUUUAUCCUUAA